UGCGCAUAAACCUUCCGUAAACUCAUGGAUUAUAGCCCUAUCCCUUAGUGAGUGACUUACUUGAACUGUUACAUUAAAUUUUUUUGCUCACAUAAGAUGACAUCCCUAUCAUCUACAACAACUCUUGAGUAUCCAUGCAACUAAUUUGCGCGCAAAAGGCACCAUCUGUUGCAUCUCCAUGGCACCGGGCAUCGCGCUCGAGAUUCCUGUGCCAGUCAAUUUUUAUUGUUUCAGUUCGCCAGUGCGCAGGCGCAGAACAGGGGAGCGCAGAGCCUGCAGAACUGCGAGCGCUCCGUGGUACAAAGGACCCAUACCAGCCAGGCACGGCGCAGCGUUACCAUGAUCUUCUCCAUCCCACCGAUAGAUUCCCAUCCCACCUGCAUCACUUUAACGACCAGCUUCCAGCAAGUCCGUAAGCCUGACCGACGCUGCCCGGCCGCAGAAUGCACGGGGGAAAAAGAGGACUGGUGGCACCACAGAACACUUUUUUGGAAAAUAUUGUCCGUCGCUCAAGUGAGACAAGUUUCUUGUUGGGGAACGCUCAAAUCGUGGAGUGGCCUAUAGUUUACAGUAAUGACGGAUUCUGCAAGCUGUCUGGAUACCACAGGGCAGAGGUCAUGCAGAAGAGCAGCACCUGCAGUUUCAUGUACGGCGAACUGACAGACAAGAAGACAAUAGACAAAGUCAGACAGACCUUUGAUAACUAUGAGUCCAAUUGCUUUGAAGUGCUGCUCUAUAAGAAGAAUAGAACCCCUGUGUGGCUCUACAUGCAGGUGGCCCCCAUCAGGAAUGAGAACGACAAGGUGGUCCUGUUCCUCUGCACUUUUAAGGACAUCACUGUCUUCAAGCAGCCCAUUGAAGAUGAGACCACCAGAGGAUGGACCAAGUUUGCCAGGCUGACCAGGGCAUUAACCAAUAGCCGGAGUACACUUCAGCAGCUCACACCUAUGAACAAGACUGAGGUCAGCCACAAGCAUUCACGACUGGCAGAGGCUCUUCAGCUGGGCUCGGACAUCCUCCCUCAAUAUAAGCAAGAGGCUCCUAAAACUCCACCUCACAUUAUAUUGCACUACUGCACCUUCAAGACCACUUGGGACUGGGUCAUCCUCAUCCUCACCUUCUACACGGCCAUCAUGGUGCCCUACAAUGUGUCCUUUAAGACCAAACAGAACAACCUGGUGUGGUUGGUACUGGACAGCGUGGUGGAUGUCAUCUUCCUUGUGGAUAUUGUGUUGAACUUUCAUACAACUUUUGUGGGACCUGGAGGAGAGGUCAUAUCUGACCCGAAGCUCAUACGCAUGAACUACUUGAAGACCUGGUUUGUCAUAGACCUGCUCUCUUGCCUGCCCUAUGACAUCAUUAAUGCCUUUGAAAACGUGGAUGAGGAUCCCAUUGCAGACUCUUCUGCAGUGGGCCACUUGCCAGCUGCGGCCCACUCUCAACGAAAUGCCACACGUGCGGAGGACUCGAUGUUGCCUGGUCUCAGCAGCCUGUUCAGCUCAUUAAAAGUGGUGCGUUUACUCCGUCUGGGUCGAGUGGCACGCAAACUGGACCACUAUCUGGAAUAUGGUGCUGCUGUGUUAGUUUUACUGGUGUGUGUCUUUGGCCUGGUGGCACAUUGGCUGGCCUGCAUCUGGUACAGCAUUGGUGAUUACGAGAUCAUCGAUGAGGGCACCAACAACCUCAAGAGGGAGAGCUGGCUUUAUCAGUUGGCUAUCAGCAUUGGCACACCAUACCGCUACAAUGCCAGUGGCUCUGGCCAGUGGGAAGGCGGUCCCAGUAAGCACACACUCUACAUAUCAUCUCUCUAUUUCACCAUGACAAGUCUCACCACCAUUGGCUUUGGGAACAUUGCACCUACUACAGACGGGGAGAAGAUCUUCUCGGUGGCCAUGAUGAUGGUGGGCUCUCUUCUGUACGCCACCAUCUUUGGAAACGUGACCACCAUCUUUCAGCAGAUGUACACGAACACCAAUCGCUACCAUGAGAUGCUGAACAAUGUGAGAGACUUCCUGAAGCUCUAUCAGGUGCCUAAAGGACUGAGCGAGAGAGUUAUGGACUACAUUGUGUCCACAUGGGCCAUGACCAAAGGCAUAGACACAGAGAAGGUUCUGUCCAUCUGUCCUAAGGACAUGCGUGCAGACAUCUGUGUGCACCUCAACCGCCAGGUGUUCAACGAGCACCCCGCCUUCCGGCUGGCCAGUGACGGCUGUCUGCGCUCUUUGGCGGUGGAGUUCCAGACCACACACUGCGCUCCAGGAGAUCUCAUCUUCCACGCAGGGGAGAGUGUGGACACCCUUUGCUUUGUGGUUUCUGGAUCGCUGGAGGUCAUUCAGGAUGAUGAGGUUAUUGCCAUUUUAGGUAAGGGUGAUGUGUUUGGUGAUGUGUUCUGGAAGGAAUCCACACUGGCGCAUGCCUGUGCUAACGUGAGGGCUCUGACAUACUGCGACCUGCAUGUCAUCCGGAGGGACGCGUUACUCAAAGUGCUGGAGUUCUACACGGCCUUUGCCAACUCCUUCUCCCGAAACCUCAUCCUCACCUGCAACCUCCGCAAGCGGAUUGUUUUCCGUAAGAUUGUCGAUGUCAAGAAGGAGGAAGAGGAGAGGAGGCACCAGAAAAAUGAGGUGACGUUGUCAAUCCCUGUAGACCAUCCUGUCCGCAAGCUAUUCCAAAAGUUCAAGCAACAGAAGGAGAUGCGCACACAAGGUUCAUCCCAGCACGACCUGGAGAGGAACCAAUUUCAGGUGGAACACCACCUCCAUCCGUUGUCCCAUCAGAUUCAUCAGCAGCAAUAUCAGCCCCAGUACCAGGGCCACCAUCCUCUUCAACACCAACACUUGGCCCCGAUGCAAAAUGGGGCGCCCAGCUCGGGAAAUGGGAACAAUGGUUCUAGCGUUGUCACCGUCUCGCAGAUAACCCCAAUCCAGAAUACCCUAGCCUACGUUCAGACUGAGGAACCGAACGGGAGUGAAGACCAUGAGGCUAUGGAGCUCAAGCCCAGCUUUGGCGUAGAGGACUCAAAUUGUCUGAAGGUAACAAGUCCGGUGAGACCAAGAGGAAGAGGACGAGGCUGGAUGCGUUUUCAAAACAUUGCAUCAGGGUCGUCUCCUAUGCUUCCACUGGAACUUGAGAAGCAGCCGCAGCAGAAGGAAGAGGAAUGGGGGGAUGUAUCCCAGCCACUAAAUGUGAUCUCUAAAAAUGGGAAGAGCCAGGAAGCAGAGGGUAGGCAUUCUAACGAAAGGCCUCCCGGCGGAAACGGUAACAGUAGAGAUGAGACUGAUGAGAAUAGUGCUCUACACAAGACUGAUUCUUGUGACAGCGGAAUCACAAAAAGUGACUUGCGUAUUGACUGGGUUGGUGAUUCACGGAGCCCAAAUGAGAGAUGUUCAAUGGAAAGGAGCCCAUAUGAGCAGCCCAGCCCUGGAGUGGGCGACAUUACCCUUCGGGGGAUUCACUUUCAGCCUGUCCCUGAACAGACUGUGCUUCAAAACAGUCUGUACGAGGCAAAGCUGGAGCUAAAAGGUGACAUCCAGACAUUAAAUAGCCGGCUAGCGGCUCUGGAGAACCAGGUGGGGGAGAUUCUGAGACUUCUGUCAGAGAAGAGGAAACCUUCCCCACCUCCUCAGACCUCCUCACCAAAAACCCCACUUCAGUGCCAGGACAUCUUUGCCGUUUCUCAGCCUGUCACUCCAGAAACAGAGGGGGACAAUGGACCCCUUUGAAUUAGGAUAAAUAUAUUUAGAUAUUGAUAUGCUGUUUUUAUCACUUCCCUUCCUCACACUCAGGAAGGAAAGGUGAAUACUAAUGAUUAGAGAACGGAUCCCUGCUGUUGUAAAUAUAUACUUGCAUGUCCAGCUGGAAUCUGGCCUGCCAAUGAAAUCUUCUCUAUGGAUAAUAGUUGCUUGUACACAGAGUCGGGUGCAUGCAGAGAUGAUUUUAUUCUGACCUUGCACAUGGGAUCUUCUAACCAGGUGAUAUUUCAGGGCAUUUUCUCUUCCCUAGACGUGGAUUCUUGGGUUGCUGUAAGACAGGAUCAGGCUUGGUUUAAUGCUGUCAUCAGUCAUUCUUCAUAGUGAAAUGGUUAUUAAUAGCUACAGUCAUUUAAAUUGGAUAGGUACUCAAAAAAUUAUGAUUCCGUCAUCAUUUACUGAUGUCGUUCCAAAUCCCAAAACUUAGUUUCUUCUGUAGAGCAUAAAAGAAGAUAUUUUGAAGAAUGUAUUACCUGUUUUUUUUCUGUACAAAAACUGGUAAUACAGUGGGAUCCAACAUAGCAUUAGACCCUAUAAUGUUUCAUUGUAUGGACAAAAAAAAAAUACAGAGACAUUUUGCAUGAUUUUGUUUUCAACACUGAGAAAGUAAUACAGGUUUGAAAUGACACAAGGCUGAGUAAUUGAUGACAGAUCUUAAAUUUUUAGGCGAACAAUCCCUUUUGCACAAUUUGCAUAAAUAUUAUUUCCCCUAUAUGCAGUUUCUCCUUUAUAAGCAUAAUGAUUGGAAGUUUGCAGGAUUGAUGAUUUCUUGGAUGUGAUUAAGCUGAUAAUCAAAUAACUAAAGUUUUUUUUUUUUUGAUAUUCGAAACACAUUUCAUUACAAACACUGUUUCAACAUUCCACUAUCAUUAUCGCCUUUUCUGUAUUUAUUUUGUGGAACGUUAUGAUAGAUAAAAGAGUAAUGCCCCAUUUUUUAGGGGCUUUUUUUACAUGUUUUAGAGAGAUAUAUCUGCAUGCUGGAUGGAUUUAGCUCUGGCAUGGUAGGACUAGGGACUAAUUGUUUUUUCCUGAUAAAUUAUGCAAACAUAGAAAGUGCAAGUCACAAAGGGAGGCCUGCAUUUUGGGAAAGCAUGAACACAUUUAAGUCAUUUGGAAAUUAUACAAGCAUGCACUGAAUUCUUUGCAUGGCUUCAACAUUGCGUGUUACCUAUAAAAGGUUAUGAAGGUUAAGAAUAUAUAAAAAGGUUCCUAGUAUUGUUUCCCAAGAGAUAUCAAUGUAUACUACCCACAUAUAACUUCAUUCCAGAUGCAUAUUUCAAAACCUUUAUAUUUUAAUCCAAUACCUAAAACUACAAACUAAAGCCACACUAAACUGCCCACUAAGGAAUUGGUUUUGAAUGAACCUUUCAGCUGUUCAUUUGAAAAUGCUGUUGGGAACUUUCUAAAUAUUUUGUUAAUAUAGCCACAGGCGGUGACUCACUGCGUAUCAGCAUACUCAUGGGUGCUUUAGAUAGUUUAUAGCGUAAUGACUAAUGCCCCUUCACCUCUUAUUUCCCAUCAGUUCUAUUGUAUGUUAUUAGUCCAUUCUGGUGAUGUUCAAACCAAACACAAGGGAUUUUGAAAUGGGUUCAGAAGAGAGACUAUUAAGAUUAAUAUAAAAACAACAGGACUGUGGUUCUAUAAAUUUUCCUGUUAUUUCAAAUACAUCCUUUAACAUAAAAAUGUUCUAUCAUAAAGCAAUCCAAAAUCAAGCAACAGUGCGUCAAAGCAAAAGGCUUUAUCGUAUAUCCCUUCAGUUAUUCCCCAAUUUGGUUCCCUCUUUGAUAAACACUUGCUCAUCACUGUAAGUGCUCAGAUAAUAAUAUUAGUUCACUACUAAUCGUUUGGUUUAAUCAUCGUUUCAGAGUUUAUGAUGUUUACUGGGACCAAAGACAUUAGAUCUUUUGUACUAAUCGCAUUAAUUCAGUGCCCUGCUCAAAUUCUCAGCCCCAUUAUUAGCUGUCACCAGUGGAUGGUGUUAAAAGCCUUAUUGGGUUUUCUGUUUUGGUACUUGAGCAAAAUAAACAUAAGAAAGAUGCCAGUAUUCAGAGAAUUUAAUAUUUCCAAACCACAUGAUUUUAUGUUGAGAAAAGGGAUAGUUAACUAAAACAUGACAAUUCUGUCAUCAUUUACCCAUGUUAAUCUUUCUUCAAUGUAACACAAAAUGAAAAACAUUUAUAUUGUACUGACCAAAUUUUCGUAGGUUAUUUUAUAACUUGAUUUGGAUUUCCAUUAACUUAAAUUAUAUGGCAAAAAGAAACUCUAAACUAGGUUAAAAUAAAAGGACAGCAAAUAAAUUGAACAGAAUUUUCAUCUUUUGACGAACUAUCUCUUUCAAGCUGACUUCAACUUUAUGAAUCAUGAAAAUAAUAAUAACAGUAAUAAUAUCCUCCAAUAAUAACACAUUUGGAGCAUCAUAAAAAAUAAAAUACUCUUGAUUUUGUUUUGUUUUCAUUCAAUGGUUUCAUGCCUUGAGAUUUCAGUGUCCCGUGCUCCUUCAUUCUGUUUGAGUUAUUUUUCCUGUCAUUUAACCCAGCGGAGAGGAGCACAGACAGUGAAAGGAUUAUUCUUUGAGUCUCCCAUGAAAUUGAAGAGAUGGAUAUAAUAGAUGCUAAAAGCUGUAAUAGUGUGGCAGACGACGUGAGUCUCUGUAAUGGAAUGGAGCUGAAUCGCUGCAUGAACCCCAGGGUGCCUGUUUCGAGGAUUACACACAGUUUUCGGAAAGCUAUGAUGGUAUUCAGCUCCACUGGGUAUUGAAACCUUUCAAAAUGGGAAGGGUUUUUAGAUGACAUGCCUGAUCCUUACACACGCUGGAGCCAACGGUGAGCACCACAGGCCCAGUGAGGUGUUGGACUCUGGCAUCUGAUUGCAUGCUGCAUUUUUUAACUGUAUAAAACUUAAUGCCAAUGAGAAUGAUAUUUGCCUGCCAAAGUAGUGUUUUGCUGCCACUAUUCAUGAACACACAUAUAAUGGGCAGAGGCCUGGGCACCUAAAAACACAUCACAAAAUACAGUGUUACUUUAUGAAUGAAGACUCACAAGCCAAUUCAGAAAAUGUCUAUUCAUAAAUGCUAGCCAUUGCACCACAAUCAUCUAACAUAGCAACUGACAUUAAAUUGCCAUUUAUUAUUUCUCCAGUCUCUAUAAAGAGAGAUAAAACCAAAAUGUGGAUGUUAAAAUCAAAUAGUAUCCUUUAGUAAUGAAUUAAAGUAUUUUUAUUUAAUUUUUUGUCUACAGUAGUUAAAUAACAUUUUUUUUUUUUUUUCUUUGAAAAUAUUAGCUUAAUAUUAGUGCCUUUAUAAGGGAUUCAUGCUGUUGGAAAUUUUCUUCACACAGGACAUAUUUAGGCUGUUUUGACACUAAUCUUUUUUUUGCCAAAUUACUAUUGGCCAAAACUUAGUUAUAAUAAUUAGUUAUUAAACAAGUAUUGCUUGGCACCAAUUUUGCCCUAGUAUGUAUUUCUACUCAAGCUCUCUCAGGUUGCAUGAGAAUCUUGAGAAGAUGGGCCUUUGUAAGGUACCUAUAAAUAGUCAGUUGGACUGAAAUCAGGAUUUGUUAAAUGGAUAGGUCACCCAAAACUUCUUGUUUCUGUCAGUUCUGUCAGAAUGUUGGUAACCAAACUGUUGAUGGUAGUCAUUGACUUCCAAAAUAUUGAAGAAGAAAAAAAUUACUGUGGAAAUCAAUGGCUAAAACUGUCACAUAUAUUUAUUUAUCUUUGUAAUUUGGUUCUGUCUUCCUCAUUGACCUAGUUUCUCAGUCUGUUUGAUUAUUAUUCUGUUACCAUAUUAAUUAGCUAAUUAGUUCCUUAAUAUUUUGUUAGUUAAGUUCCUUUUUCUGGUGUCGUCCAUGUUAUGGCCUGUGACGAGAGAGGCGGGGCCAAGAGCCGUGGCAACAGAGCGAAGCCGUUAGAGUUAAUGAGAAUGCACAACACCUGCGCCACUCACCGGUCUCGAGUCCCACGGGGGAGCUACGGAAGGAUAAAAGGAGGAGUGUCAACAGUGUUGGAUGAGAGAGGACGAUGCAAGGAUUUUAUUUUGUGUUUUGGUUAUGUUUGUGCGCGACAGCCUUCCGUGAGAGCCAAACUCCCUGGUUUGUGUUUAUUUUGCAAUUAAAAUUUUAUUUAAAUGUUCGCCGUAUCCCGCCUCCUUCUUUCCCUGAUUAUGAUCUUUGAUACAUUGGUGCCAAAACCCAGGGGGAAGGAGGCAGGAACUGGUGAACAUUUGAAUAAAAUUUUGAUAACAAAAUAUUAUUUAUCCAAAUAUUAUCACACAUUCUUACUAACUCCGCCAGCCUCGCUCCGUUCCCAUGGCUCUGGGCCCUGCUUCUCUCAUCACAUGGCCUAUUUUGGAACAUUAUCUUCGGUCACACUUUAUUUUAAGGUCCAGUUCUUGCCAUUAACAAACCAUUAACUAUGACUUUUGAUUUGAUAAACUCCUAUUUUGCUGUUUAUUAAUAGCUUGUAAGGUAGUUGGGUAGUUUAGGUUUCCUUGAUGCACAGGUUACAUGUACUUACUAUUAUAAUAACAUUUAUUUUUGACGCUCUGCCAAAUUAUUACCCCUCUCAUUGAAAAAACUAUCUGAUUGCCUAAUCCUGACCCCAACCCUUAAUCCUUAACCCCUCCCCCACACCUAAGCCUAAACCUACCAAUACUAGGAGUAAAAGUCUGAUAGGGGUCAGAAUUGUGCACAACACUGGUUUAGUUUUUUAGAAAACAUGGAAACACCAAAGACGCAUUAAUAUGUUACGCGUUUUAUUACACAGGGGAUGAUACCACAAAGAGUAUCAUUAUAACAGAACUUUCAAACAUAUCUAAUAUGAUAAAACAGUGAACCCCCCACCCCCACCCCACCCCACAUAAGCACA